AUGUUUCGCCGCACCUUCUCGUCGCUGGCUUUGCGUCGAGUUUUCAUCACGCCGCGCAGCCUUCCACAACGCCAAUCAAUUCUUCGCCCAUUGUCAGUCGAUGCGCUCGAGCAAAGCCGAAAGCCUUUGUCUCGAAAGGCAGUCGACUCAUAUCUUACCUCCAACGUGCUCGACCUCUUGUCGUUGAAAGGGCGCACUGUGGUCAUCACUGGAGCCGGACGAGGUAUCGGGCUCGCUUUAGCAUUUGCAGUCGCUGAAGCAGGCGGCAAAGUUGCAAUUGUAGAUGCAGCCGACGCGCCUCACGAACACUACGCCAAGUUGCAGGACAUUUGCGAAGAAGUCCGGUAUUACAAAUCUGAUGUCACCGACUAUGAGCGACUCGAGGCGACGUUCGCGGAUAUUGCUAAGGACUUUGGAAGGAUAGACGGCAUAGUGACCGCAGCUGGCAUAUGCCCCGAUGAGCCCUUCUUGGAACGAAAACCGCAGAGUGUGAAGCGGACGUUCGAGAUCAACUCGCUCGGAACGUACUACUCGGCGCAACUGGCAGCUCGACAAAUGCUCAAGCAACCGAAAUUGACUCCAACAUCUAAUGCCGGCUCGAUCGUAUUCAUAGCUUCAAUCGCAGCACAUACCGCGAGUCUAGGUCAGUAUACGAGUGACUAUUGCUCGAGCAAGGGAGCUGUGCUUUCGCUUAGCCGGCAACUCAGUGUGGAGCUCGCAAGGCCUGGUAUCAGGGUCAAUUGCAUAUCACCAGGAUACAUCGUCACAGAUAUGGUCCUCGAUAUCGCAGAUUCCCGACCUCGUCUUUCAGACAUCUUUGUUUCGGAGCCUCCAAUGAAACGCAUGGGCGACAGAACAGAGUUGAAGGGAGCAGCAGUCUACCUUCUCAGCCAAGCAAGCUCCUACAUGACUGGUGGCGAACUUCUCAUAACAGGAGGAAUGCACGCAGGACGCACGGAGUGA